UAUUCACUUUCUCUUCCUUGACAGAUGAUCUGCUAUCAAUGUUUUUUUAAUUGUAAAUAAAAACAAAAAUAUAGUCGUUUCAUCAAUUCUAUUUUUUAUAAUUGCGUCUGCAAUUAUUCGUUUAUGCAACUUUGUAUGUGUGUCAAUUUCAUAAUUAAAAUAGUCAAUUAUUAGUGUCGUGUGAUCAGUGCGUAACAAAAUUUUUACGUCGAUUAAUAUUUGCGCAGAAAUGGGCGAUGAAAUGGACCCGUGCGAAUGCCUGUGGAAUCAUGAGCUGGCGAUGCGACGGCUCAUCUCGUUGCUACGUCAAGGUCAAUCAUACUGUACAGACAAUGAAUGCCUGGAGCAAUUGCCUGGGUUUCCACAGCCAGAGUCGGCAGGGAACAGCUUCCUUGUCAUGUUCUUGAUGAUGGCACUCGCUGUAGCCAUGUACAUGAUGCGCCCACGUCGUAACCAGAUACAGGACGCUGCUAAACCGAUGCCUAAUUCUCAGGAUCGCGACGGAGCUCCACCAACACCACCAAGAAUUUAAUAAAAAGUGAUAACAUUCUUCAAAGUUCAACAAUGGACAACAAAAAUCCGUAUGUAUAAUAAACAGAACUACAUUAUGGAUAUAAACAAUAAUUACUAUCAUAUUAAUGUAUAGAAUAAGAUAUAUAUAGUUAUAAAACAUAUAUUAGUAAUAAUAGUUGAAUAUUAAAUCAGUUUAAAUCAUUCCA